CCUCAAUUCCUUUUACCCCAUACAAACCGAUUACGAAAAUCAGAGGGGCCAAUUCCGGUAAUAAAAAUCACACAAAACAAUCACAGCCAUUAACGCACAGAGUUCUCUAGUUUCUACCUUCUAGGGUUAGGGUUUUAUUAAUUUCUAUGCAAUAGAACAGAUACUUUGCGUAUUUGGAGAUUCUUUGCUUACACUAUAUAAUAAGCUCUCGUUGCGUUUGAUAAUAAUCACAAGAAUAUAUUUUUUUUUUGUUCUAUUGGGUUGCGAGCUGGUGAAAAUUAUCUGAUCUGAUCUCUUCUGGGCUUUAGCGCCCUGUGGCCAUUGAAAUCGAUGAUCGUCAGCGUCCCAUGGACCACUCUCAAUCGCAUAACACUCCUCCAGUCAAUGAUGAAGAAGAUGAAUGGGACACUGAUGGAUUUGUGAUUCCAAGCUUGGGAAUAGAGGACAUUGAUCAUAGUAGACCUGAUGCUUCUAUAGUAGAAUCAUCAAAACCUACUUCUCCAAAGAAAGAAGAGAACAUUUACCUUGGACCUCACGGUGCUCCUCCUUCACAAUCAAAGCAGCAAGAGCUGAAUUCUUCUGGACGUAAACAACGGUUCAAGCAGAAACUAAAGGAAGCAGAUAGGAGAACUAGUGGAACAGGGAGGGAAAAUAAGUUAGAGAAUUUGCGGGAGCUAGUAGGUGGUACAAAGGGAAGUCCCAAUAUGACAAAGGGUUCUACAAGGGACUGGUUAGACCCACAUUGCCAUGAAUCACAGUUUGAGAAGUGGUCGUCUCAGUGAGUGGCUGAGUCGGUACCUAUUAAUAUCUCUAGUUUAACUCUUUGCAAAAACUAUUUUUGAAUUGAAAUAUCAUUUUAGAGAUACCAUAUUUACUUAAAGUCAUGUAUUAUGAACCAUGUACUAUGACAGUAAUCGUUUAUCAAUUCGACUGUCGGGUGUUGCUUCGAAUGCAGAAUAUAUCAUGACAAUACACUUUUAAGCCUUUUGAUGCCA